GCUGGGAGGGGAUGGCGGUGGGUGGCGGGUGACCGCGGAGCUGAGCGCAGCGCGGCCCUUCGGCGGGGCCAGCCCGACCCGACCAUGGGGUUCCUGCAUCAGCUCCAUCUUCUGCUCUGGAAGAACGUGACACUGAAGCGGCGCAGCCCGUGGGUGCUGGCCUUCGAGAUCUUCAUCCCCCUGGUGCUCUUCUUCAUCCUCCUGGGGCUGCGGCAGAAGAAGCCAACCAUUCCUGUGAAGGAAGCUUUCUACACGGCGGCCCCACUCACAUCAGCCGGGAUCCUGCCAGUCAUGCAAUCCCUGUGCCCUGACGGCCAGCGUGAUGAGUUUGGCUUUCUGCAGUACUCCAACUCCACGGUGACACAGAUUCUGGAACACCUCAGCGAGGCAGUAGAGCAAAGCAGCCUCUUCGACCCGCAGCAUCCAGGACUGGAGGAGGAGCUGGAGUCACUGCGCCGGCAUCUGGAGGCCCUCAGCAGCCCUGAGCCCAGCUCCAUGGAGACCCACUUCAGCAGCCAAGCAGGGUCCAGUUUCACAUUGGCGUGGGUGGCCAAAGACCAGGGUGAGCUGCGGCGCUUCUUGAUGCAGAACCUCUCCCUCCCCAACAGCACAGCUGAGCUGCUCCUGGGCUCCAGCAUUGACCUGCGGGAGGUGUACUGGCAGUUUUUUGAUUCCUUUCCUUUGGUACCUAAUGAGACCCAGGAGCGAGACCUGUGGGAUGGGUUUGGCCCCAGCAAGAAGAUGACACAGCUGAAGCUGUCCCCAUUCUUCAUCUUGCAGAAGAGUCUACCCAGUGGCUGGAGGAGCCUGCAGGAAGGGCUUGUUCACAGGGUGUUGCAGGACCCAUUGGCAGCCCCACACCGUCCAGCACUGCUCCGCAUGCUCUCCCAGGCUCUGGGCCUCACCAGCACUGCUGUGGCACCUGCCAUCUCUGAUAGCCCCCAGGCCAUUGUCACCGAGAUGGAGAAUGUCCUCUUCACCGGGCCAGUGCUGGAGCAGCUGACAUGUGAGCAGUACCCAGGGGGACUGCACCACCUCCUGCACGUGUCACCCAGGCAGCAGCCACUGCUGGCAGCAUACCGGGCACUGGCCUGCAAUGGCAGCCGGACCAUCCGCCAGGAGCGCUUUGCCCAGCUGGCCUCUGAGCUCCAGAAGCAGCUGGACACCUCCAAGAUAGUCAGCAGGCUGAAGCUGGAGGAAGUGAACAGCACAGCCACCCAGCACCGCCUCCGUGCCCUCCUCGAGGACUUGGUGGAGAUGGAGAAGGUUCUCCAGGACAUGAACAUCCUCUCAGCACUGGCUAAGCUGCUGCCCAGGGGAGCCUGUGCCAGCAAAGCUGUGCCACCUACGGCCAACAGCACCAGCUGGGCCAGCACCAAUGCCACGGCUGGCAAUGCCACUGCAGAGGAGGAAGAGGGCACUGGGGAGAGCCCAUCUGGCACUGACAACCCCCAGGGGCAGUUCUCAGCAUUCGUGCAGCUCUGGGCAGGGCUGCAGCCCAUCCUCUGCGGCAACAACCGGACCAUUGAGCCUGAGGCACUGAAACAGGGCAACAUGAGCUCGCUGGGCUUCACCAGCAAGGAGCAGCGAAACUUGGGCCUCCUUGUGCAUCUGAUGACCAGCAACCCCAAAAUCCUGUAUGCACCUGUGGGCACCGAAGUUGACAAGGUCAUCCUGAAGGCCAACGAGACCUUUGCCUUUGUGGGCAACGUCACCCACUACGCCAAGGCAUGGCUGAACAUCUCCCCUGAGAUCCGAGCCUACCUGGAGGAGGGCAGGCUGCAGAGACGCAUCCACUGGCUCCAGCAGUUGACCGCUGACCUCCACAAGCACCCAGAGAUCCUGAAUGUCUCUGACAGUGAUGUUCUCCACAACUUUCUCAAUGGCAACUUCUCCCUGCCCAAUGCCAGCAUCCUGCUCCAGCAGCUGGAUACCAUUGACAAUGCUGCCUGCGGCUGGGUCCGCUUCAUGGCCAAGGUCAGUGUGGACAUCUUCAAAGGCUUCCCGGAUGAGGAGAGCAUUGUCAACUACACGCUGAACCAAGCCUAUCAGGACAAUGUCACGGUCUUUGCCAGCGUCAUCUUCCAGACUAACAGGGAUGGCUCAUUGCCUCCCCAUGUCACGUACAAGAUCCGUCAGAAUUCCAGCUUCACAGAGAAGACCAACGAGAUCCGGCGGGCAUACUGGCGGCCUGGCCCCAACACCGGCGGCCGCUUCUACUUCCUCUACGGCUUUGUCUGGAUUCAGGACAUGAUGGAGCGCGCCCUCAUCAACACAUUUGUUGGCCACGAUGUGGUAGAGCCUGGCAACUAUGUACAGAUGUUCCCGUACCCAUGUUAUACCCGAGAUGACUUUCUCUUUGUCAUCGAGCACAUGAUGCCCCUCUGCAUGGUGAUCUCCUGGGUCUAUUCAGUGGCCAUGAUGAUCCAGCACAUCGUGACAGAGAAGGAGCAUCGCCUGAAAGAGGUGAUGAAGAUGAUGGGCCUGAACAAUGCGGUGCACUGGGUGGCUUGGUUCAUCACUGGCUUUGUCCAGCUCUCCAUCUCGGUCACAGCACUCACUGCCAUUCUCAAGUACGGCAAGGUCCUGAUGCAUAGCGACGUCCUCAUCAUAUGGCUCUUCCUUGCCAUCUAUGCUGUGGCCACCAUCAUGUUCUGCUUUCUGGUGUCAGUGCUCUACUCCAAGGCCAAGCUGGCCUCUGCCUGUGGUGGCAUCAUCUACUUCCUCAGCUACGUGCCCUACAUGUAUGUGGCCAUCCGGGAGGAAGUGGCCCAUGACAAGAUCACGGCCUUCGAGAAGUGCAUUGCGUCCCUCAUGUCCACCACGGCAUUUGGGUUGGGCUCCAAGUACUUUGCGCUGUAUGAGGUGGCUGGCGUGGGUAUCCAGUGGCACACCUUCAGCCAGUCACCCGUGGAAGGAGAUGACUUCAACCUCCUGUUGUCCAUGAUGAUGCUGGUUGUGGAUGCCAUGGUGUAUGGGGUGCUCACAUGGUACAUCGAGGCCGUGCACCCGGGCAUGUUCGGCCUGCCACGGCCCUGGUACUUCCCUUUCCAGAAGUCUUAUUGGCUGGGCAAUGGACGCGUGGAGACCUGGGAGUGGACCUGGCCAUGGUCACGCAACACCCGCCUUAGCAUCAUGGAGGAGGAUCAGGCCUGUGCCAUGGAAAGCCGGAGGCUGGCAGAGGAGACAAGGGGCAUCGAGGAGGAGCCAACCCACCUCCCCUUGGUCGUCUGCAUUGACAAGCUCACCAAAGUCUACAAGACAGACAAGAAGCUGGCGUUAAACAAGCUGAGCCUCAACCUCUACGAGAACCAGGUCGUGUCCUUCCUGGGGCACAAUGGUGCAGGCAAGACCACCACCAUGUCCAUCCUCACUGGCUUGUUCCCUCCAACAUCGGGCUCUGCUACCAUCUAUGGCCAUGAUAUCCGUACAGAGAUGGACAAGAUCCGGAAGAACCUGGGCAUGUGUCCCCAGCAUAACGUGCUCUUUGACAGGCUGACAGUGGAGGAGCAUCUCUGGUUCUACUCGCAGCUCAAGAGCAUGGCAGAGGAGGAGAUCCGCAAGGAGAUGGACAAGUGCUGGGCACCAGUACAGCCCCCCAAGCAUUCCUGGUGCUUCUGCCCUGUCCCCAGGAUGAUUGAGGACCUGGAACUCUCCAACAAACGGCACUGCCAGGUGCAGACUCUCUCAGGUGGCAUGAAGAGGAAGCUGUCGGUGGCCAUUGCCUUUGUGGGUGGGUCGCGGGCUGUUAUCUUGGAUGAGCCCACAGCUGGUGUGGACCCAUAUGCCCGAAGGGCCAUCUGGGACCUCAUCCUCAAGUACAAGCCAGGGAGGACCAUCUUGCUCUCCACACACCACAUGGAUGAGGCUGACCUGCUGGGGGACCGCAUCGCCAUCAUCUCCCAUGGCAAGCUCAAGUGUUGUGGUUCCCCACUGUUCCUCAAGAGCACCUAUGGUGACGGCUACAAGCUGACAGUGGUGAAGAAGCAGUCGGACACCAGGAAUGGCACAGAGCCAGGCCACAGCCCCUUGAGCCACUCCUCUGUCAGCCCCUGCUCUGAGCCUCGUGUCUCCCAGUUCAUCAAGAAGUAUGUGGCCUCCUGCCUCCUCAUCUCAGACACCAACACAGAGCUCUCCUACAUCCUGCCCAGUGAGGCUGUCAAGAAGGGCUGCUUUGAGAGGCUCUUCCAGCACUUGGAGCAGAACCUGGAAGAGCUGGACCUCACCAGUUUUGGGCUGAUGGACACCACACUGGAGGAGGUCUUCCUGAAGGUGUCUGAGGAGGACCAGUCUCUGGAGAACAGUGACGUGGACAUGAAGGAGUCCAAGGAUGCCCUGCAGCCACCUGCCUCUGAGCUGGGCCCAAAGUCUGAAGCCAACGGGGAGCCUCUGGCCGAAGCGGCCGUGCCAGAGAAGCCCGAGGUGGAGCUCAGCAACCUGGUGACCUGCUCCAAGCUGGCGCAGUCGCAGGCAUCCCUGCGCUCAGUGUCCUCGGUGGGCUCCGUGCGUGGCGAUGAAGGUGGGGCUUAUUCUGAAUUCUUUGGGGAUUACGCGCCCCUGUUCGAUAACCGGCAGGACCCUGAUAACAUCAGUCUGCAAGAGCAAGAAGCAGAGGUGGAAGCAGAGGAUCGUGACCUGGCAGGUCGGGGAAGCUUCAAGCUGGAAGGUUCGUGGCUGAAGCUGCGCCAGUUCCAUGGUCUGAUCAUCAAACGCUUCCACUGCGCCAAGCGCAACACCAAGGCCCUCUUCUCGCAGAUCCUCCUGCCUGCCUUUUUCGUCUGCGUGGCCAUGACUGUGGCGCUCUCCGUGCCCGAAAUAGGUGACCUGCCACCCCUCAUCCUCUCGCCAUCCCAAUACCACAACUACACUCAGCCCAAGGGCAACUUCAUUCCUUACGCCAACGAGGAGCGGCAUGACUACCGCAUUAGGCUGUCUCCUGAUGCCAGCCCUCAGCAGCUGGUGAACACUUUCCAUCUGCCCUCUGGUGUGGGGGCCACCUGCGUGCUCAAGACACCCUUUAACAACACACUGGACCAGCCCAUGCAGACCCUCAACCUCAAUAGCAAUGAGUCCAAAAUGCUGGCAGCCAAGUACUUCGAUGCCAUGUGCAUCGACUCCUUCACCCAGGGCCUUCCGCUUUCCAACUUCGUGCCACCACCUCCCUCCCCGGCUCCUUCUGACUACCCCAUGUCAGUGGAUGACGACCUGCUCCAUGCCUGGAACUCCACAACCUUCUCCACUGUUAAAGGGACCGUGACCUCAGCCCCUGCCCUGCCCCGCAUUAUCCAUGAGCCCAUCAAGUGCACGUGCUCCAUGCAGGGGACCGGCUUCUCAUGCCCUAGUGGCGUGGGGGGCCAUCCCCCACAGAUGAAGGUGGUGACAGGGGACAUCCUGACAGACAUCACAGGGCGCAACGUCUCUGAGUAUCUGCUCUACACCUCGGACCGCUUCCGGCUGCACAGGUAUGGGGCGCUCACGUUUGGAAACGUGCAGAAAUCCAUCCCGGCGUCCUUUGGAGCCAGGGCUCCCGCCACAGUGCGCAAGAUUGCUGUGCGGAGAACGGCCCAGGUCUUCUACAACAACAAGGGCUACCACAGCAUGCCCACUUACCUCAAUGCCCUCAAUAACGCCAUCCUGAGAGCCAACCUGCCCAAGAGCAAGGGCAACCCUGCUGCCUAUGGCAUCACAGUCACCAAUCACCCCAUGAACAAAACGAGUGCCAGCCUGUCCCUGGAUUACCUCCUGCAAGGCACAGAUGUGGUGAUUGCCAUCUUCAUCAUUGUGGCCAUGUCCUUCGUCCCAGCCAGCUUUGUGGUAUUCCUGGUGGCCGAAAAGGCCACCAAGGCCAAACACCUGCAGUUUGUGAGCGGCUGUGACCCCGUCAUCUACUGGUUGGCCAACUACAUGUGGGACAUGCUAAACUACCUGGUGCCAGCCACGUGCUGCAUCAUCAUCCUGUUUGUGUUUGACCUCCCAGCAUAUACCUCUCCCACCAACUUCCCUGCUGUCCUCUCCCUCUUCCUGCUCUAUGGCUGGUCCAUCACCCCUAUCAUGUACCCGGCCUCCUUCUGGUUUGAGGUGCCCAGCUCUGCUUACGUCUUCCUCAUAGUCAUCAACCUCUUCAUUGGCAUCACAGCCACUGUCGCCACGUUCCUGCUGCAGCUCUUUGAGCACGACAAGGACCUGAAGGUGGUGAACAGCUACCUGAAGAGCUGCUUCCUUGUGUUCCCUAACUACAACCUGGGCCACGGCCUGAUGGAGAUGGCCUACAAUGAAUACAUCAAUGAGUACUAUGCCAAAAUUGGGCAAUUUGAUAAAAUGAAAUCACCCUUCGAAUGGGACAUUGUGACACGGGGGCUUGUUGCCAUGACAAUUGAAGGCUUUGUUGGCUUCUUCAUCACCAUCAUGUGCCAAUACAAUUUCUUCCGGAAGCCCCAGCGCCUGCCUGUCUCCACCAAACCCAUUGAGGAUGACAUUGAUGUAGCCAAUGAGAGGCACCGGGUCCUGCGUGGUGACGCCGACAAUGACAUGCUAAAGAUUGAGAACCUCACGAAGGUGUACAAGUCCCGCAAGAUUGGGCGCAUCCUGGCUGUGGACCGGCUGUGUGUGGGUGUGCGCCCCGGGGAGUGCUUUGGGCUGCUGGGUGUCAACGGUGCGGGCAAGACCACAACAUUCAAGAUGCUGACAGGGGAUGAGAGCACCACGGGUGGUGAGGCCUUCAUUAAUGGACACAGCAUCCUGAAGGAGCUCCUGCAGGUCCAGCAGAGCUUGGGCUACUGCCCCCAGUUCGAUGCUCUCUUUGAUGAGCUGACGGCCCAGGAGCACCUGGAGCUCUACACCCGCCUGCGUGGCAUCCCCUGGAAGGAUGAGGAGCGGGUGGUCAAGUGGGCACUGAAGAAACUGGAGUUGACCAAGUACGCAGACAAGCCUGCCAGCACCUACAGCGGGGGCAACAAGAGGAAGCUAUCCACAGCCAUCGCACUCAUCGGAUACCCAGCCUUCAUCUUCCUGGAUGAGCCAACCACAGGGAUGGACCCCAAGGCACGGCGCUUCCUCUGGAAUCUCAUCCUGGAUGUCAUCAAAACGGGUCGCUCCGUGGUGCUCACAUCUCACAGCAUGGAGGAGUGCGAGGCCCUCUGCACCCGCCUGGCCAUCAUGGUGAAUGGGCGGCUCAAGUGUCUUGGCAGCAUUCAGCACCUGAAGAACAGGUUCGGUGAUGGCUAUAUGAUCACAGUGCGCACCAAGUCCAGCCUCAAUGUCAAGGAGGUGGUGAGGUUCUUCAACCGUAACUUCCCUGAGGCUGUCCUCAAGGAGCGUCAUCACACCAAGGCCCAGUACCAGCUGAAGUCGGACCAGAUCUCAUUGGCACAGGUCUUCAGCAAGAUGGAGCAGGUGGUGGAUGUGCUGGGCAUUGAAGACUACUCUGUCAGCCAAACCACACUGGACAAUGUGUUUGUGAAUUUUGCCAAGAAGCAAAGUGACAACCUGGAGCAGCAGGAGACCAGCCCCAGCAGUGUCCUGCAGUCACCCCUGGAGCAUGUGCUGAGCCUGCUGCGUCCCCGCACUGCCCCCACUGAGCUGCGGGCCCUCGUGGUGGAGGAGCAGGAGGACCUGGAGACUGACGACGAAGGCCUCAUCAGCUUUGAGGAGGAGAGGGCUCAGCUCUCCUUCAACACGGACACUCUGUGCUGAGACCCGGGGGACAACCAUAUUGUCAAGCCACCAAACCCUUUUGGCCUCUCCUCUCCCUUUGCCCUGUGGAGCGGAGUUGCCGCAGCUGGAGCCACAUGCCAGGGAGGACGCAGUGGGUACAGCAAUGCCUGGAUGGACCUCGGAAGCCACCGCUGGGGUGGCUUUUGCCCCCUUCAGCUCUGCCGGAGCAGCGUCACCGUGUGAUGCUGGGGUCAUGGUCCUCAACAUGCAAUGGAUGGAGACUGUGAAGGAAAAGACAUGGCUUGGUGCCAGCACUGCCAGCCCCACUCACUUGGGGCAGAGACACACAGGCCUGUGAGUGGUGCCUUUGGACACCCAUGUUGCACUCUCUGGGGACCCUUGGCUGUGGGUACCUCCCCAGGCCUGGCCCCGUGGAGCUAGAAGAUGGAUGGCUGCUUCCACAUUACCCCUGGCUGAUGCUGCCCUGGGCACCACUGGGGCAGGUGCUCUCGUCCUUCAUCCAUAACCGGUUUCUGUCAUGAGUGGGAUGUCACUGGGAGUCUCGGCCUCACUAGUACAUCCUGCCCACCAUGGGUCUGUUCGCCCUGGCCCUGCCUGGCCUUGGGCACUGGCUUCGUCCCCAGGCAGCAGUGCUGUUGCAGAGGCACGUGGUGGGGCAGAGGGGUAUCUCACAGGGUAUUUCACAUGCUGGCACCAGCUGUUUCUCCCCCCUGCCCCAUAUCAUGUCCCUCACCCUCAAGUCUCUGAUCCUGCCUCCUGCCUGUCCUUGCCCCUUGCUUCCCAUAUCACAGGGCAUUGCUGCAGCUCUGCCACAUUUCUGUUGUGUCCCCUUCCACUUUGCUUUUGCCCUGACAUUUGUUCCUCAGUGUCCAGCCCUGUACGAGGAACCAGCUGCACUAGGUUCUUAUUGUUGGGUUACUGGUGGUACUGGGAGAGGGGUUGCAACACCCCAGGUUGGCUUUGGAAGCUGGUGUGGGGUGGCCUUAAGGUACGAGGUCAGGACAGUCCAGGUGGGUACCAGCAGCCUGGCAGUGGUGCCUGGGGUGGGGGGGAGGGAAGGAUGAACUGCAGUAGUGGGACUGGCAGUGUCACUGGCCAGCAGCGGGCACACCCUCUGUCAGCAGUGCCCCUCUUUUUUACAGAGGGUCCUGCUGCCUUGUCACCCACAGGAACCAUGGCUGGUGCCUGCAGCUCUCAACAAGCUGCAGCUGUGCCUAGAGGUGGGCCUGUGAUGCUGACCCCACCCCCACCACUGCUGGGUGCCACAGACUUUGGCAACACCCCAGGGUGGCUAUGCACCUUCCUGGGGAGCAGCCAUGGUCUGUCUGCCCUGUGUGCUCUGAUGCCCUCUCUGCCUCCCUGGCACAGGCUUGGCUGGAGGGCCUGAGCACCACUAGGCACCUCAGCUGACUGCUAUGGGAGGUGGGGAGAGGCUCUGGCCCCACUUGGGCACAGGAGCAGGGCCUGACCUCAACUGUCCCCAUGCCCUCUGGUCCUAUCAGGCCCAUAUACCACCUGCUAUGGAUUGUGAUACAGUAUACAGUAUUUUCAAUAGGGGGAAAACUGGGGGAAGAAGCUCUAUUUUCAGAUUUUUUCAGACUUUUUUUUAAUGGCAUAUGGGAACUGGCUGGAUCUGGGAUAGAUUGGAGGGCACAGGGGGGCAGCCCCCACCAGUGUGCCCCUGCUCCUAUGCUGGCCACACUCUGCCUUCCCCAGGGGAUGCUGGGGGACAAGCCAGCUCAAAGUUUGCCCUUUGCCAUCAGGGAGAGGGGUAGCAUCAUCUCUGAGUCCCCAGCUGUCACCUUGGUGGCAGCCUGGGGCACCCCAGGGUGGGCAGUGUUGCUGUGCUCUGGGCUUUAUCCUUGCCCCAUACCUGCCACACUACACUCUUGUUCCAGAUUCCAGAAGGGCACUGGCACCCCAGUUACAGAGUGUCUUCCCAGUCCACCCAGUCCUCCCGCUGCCACUGUGCUGUCAUCCGCAUGGCUUCUGAGGGUCAGUGGAGGUGCCCAUACAGCCUGGGUGGCCACGGUGGCCUACCUGCCAUGGGCUUAGUGCUGCCUGGGCACAGUUGCUGUGCUAGAGUCAGUCCAAGGGUGGUAGGUAGCUACCAGCCCAAGGAAGGUAGCACCCCAGGGCAGGGGUGCCUGCUGCCUUAGCACCGUUCACUUCAUUGAGUUUGGCCCCGCUUCCAGCCUCGCCUCUCCCUCCACGUCCUUGGCCACCAGCCGCGGGCAUGGCGCCAGUGCCAUGCUAAGCCCUGGGUGUGGGGCCCCUGGGGGUGGGGAUGCCUUGGAGCUGCCUGUAUAUUGCUACCAAACAAAAAGAUGAAAUGUGAAAAUAAUGAUUGUUUUAAAUAAAAAAUAAUAACUGAA